CAGAAGACAAGCAAAAAGCAAUGAUCUCAGUCAUGCAUUUUUCUCUCCAUUUUCCAAUCAACGUCUUCUGCUUUCUUUGAUUAAUUCCUUCCUGAGGGAUUCUUCAUCCAUAUAGCAUGGGCUCUUAAUGACCAGCAGUUCAGUCUAACCCAAUACACCAUAACUUCUACCCAUCCGUACAAUGGCAUUCCAGAAGACAAUGAUGCCGUUCAUCUGGGUCGCCUUCUCAUUCGCAGGAUGGAUGCAGGGCUGAUGCUCCACUUGGUUGCGAGAGCUCUCCAGCUUUGCCAUCGUCCCCUGUUGUGGCUGCCCUGAAAUCUAGCGGUGUAACAUGGUAUUGCCAAGGAGAGCGUCCUUGAGGAUCCGAGUGUGCUGGCCGAGUACCUUUUCCCUCCGCCUGAGACGGAAGGUGUGUCAUGGAGAGAGGGAGAGAGGCCGGCCUAUUCAUAGCAGCAGCGGAAAACAAUUGUAUUCAUUCAUACCGUACAAACAAGGCGAAGGGGCAAUGUUCGUCUCUUAUCUUUUUGUUUUCUUUUUCUUCAAGGAAUUAAGGUCACUUGCUCUAGUUUAUAUUUUCUUUCUUUCUAGUUUUCUUCCUUUUCCUUUUCUUUUCGUCCUGUCUCUACUCCAUAGCUCUCAACUAGCCCACCGGGAUCGCUGCAUGACAUAUAACAGAUCCCAAUCCACUCCGGAGGCAUUUCCUAGUCCAUUUCCCUUGCGCUGCCUGAGCCACGCUGCUUCAUUCGUCAGCCCAUGCAUCGGCGCCUUUGUCCGUCCCCGGCCUCGUUGCAUUAUUGCGAUUACUACUGCCGUCCUUUUCUCAUCUUCCUCUCUUCGGUGGGACUCUGAAUGUUGUAUCAAGCCAAAAGUGUUCGUUAAUCACGCGCAUCAUCUCUCUUCGCAACCACUGAGAAGCUCUUGAUUCAUCGCAAUAUCGACAAGUACAUCAUGCCUCCUCCACAGAAGGGAAAACUAAAGUCCCGUGGGUCAGACGAAGAAUUCGUUCUAUUCCUACAGGGGCCCAUUGUCGCUGGCAAGAACUGAAGGACCUGGUUCGUCAAACCGCCUUGCACAUCCGCCAAGCAGUGGUAUACGACGACCAUCACGGCUUUCCCACGGGACUAGGC